AUGAACAGGUGGUUGGCGGCAUGGCUGGUUCUCAUCCUAUUUUUGCUGGCAGAUGCUUUAUGGAUUGGGUCGGGACUGGUCAAUUACGCCAAAGCGGCCGGAGGUGUCUAUGCCUUCCGAUACUUUGGCUUGGCCGCCUAUUUCCUAAUGACCUGGACCAUCUUGAAAUCGCGGAACGCACUCGAUGCUGCGGAAUGGGGUCUUAUUAUCUAUGGCAUCUUCAACCUUACCAACCUCUUUUUAUUUCAGUCAUGGACCUACCCCGUCGCCCUGGCGGAUACGCUGUGGGACAACAUGGUUGGUAGCACGCAACAUUCUCUCGAGCAUUAUCGGAUCCCACCUAGUAAGAAGACCACCACCUCGGACGCCACCCAUCAAUCGAUGAAUGGCGGGAAUUAUAAAGUAAGUCUGGAACCGACCGACUACCAAGACUUCUUGAAGGUCUACCUACGUGCCCUCGAAAACAAGGAGCCAAUGUAUUUGACCGAAAGGACCCCUAAGACCGAUCCGUUCCGCUUCUUCAUGGAUUUGGACUUUGAAUGGGACCUCCAAGUCAACUUUCGCGAGUGGUAUAAGGAAUUGAAGACCAUCCUACAGUCGGUGCUGCCAGGCCCUGUCUUCCUGUCGACUCGUCUCAACAAGGUGCAUGUUCAUUGCCCCACUCUCAUCGUCACGCGCAAUCAAGCCGUUUCGUGGCUGGUGAAGUGUCAGGAAGCUCUGGUGAAGGUCUACCCCAAAUUGUCGGGUACCAAGACGUUUGACAAAUCGGUAUACUCGUCCGGGCUGCGCAUGUUGGGUUCCAUGAAACCGCUUCACAAAAGCAGCCAUGACGAACCUGCGACCGCUCCGAAAAUAUAUCACUUGUUGGACGACGACUGUGAGCCAGUGUCCUUGUUGAAUGACGACAGUACCGAAGCCAAGAUUGCCAUCUUGAUGCAGAUGUCUAUUUUCAAUUUGGACGGCGCAGAACUGUAUCAGCCGGGCACCGAGACAGCCGUGGCUUCCUCCAGUUCGACCGAGCCAAUCAAGACAGUUCAUCACUUUGAUCUCUCAGACCUUACUAACCAUCGCGACGUGACUGAUUUCAUUUACAGGGAAUACGGUCACAUCGACGCCAAAAUCAAGCAGAUCAAAGCCGAGGGCAAGUCCUACAUCGUUGAACUUGAGGAACGCUACUGCCACUUUGUCCGUCGCAGUCACCGGUCCAAUCGGCAAUACUUGGUUAUCAACACCGAACAUGGUGUGAGCCAGCGUUGCCACGACAGCGACUGUCAAAGUCACUUACAUCAUAACAUUCCCUUUGACAAGUUGCCUUUGAUUUUGCAAUCGCUGUUCAUCCAAGGGCUGCGCUCGGUGUCGGAUGUAGUUAAAGAUCUCGUCAAGGACCAUGAACCGGUGGAAAUCGGUGAACCCAAGAAACGAGGUGCCGGUAUCAUUGUACCCAUCAAAUUUAAAAGUUGUCCUCUGUGUAGAGGCGAUGGAAUGUGUUCCCACCUUGAAAUCAUCAAGAACACUGGCGAAGCUUACAUUUCCUGCGUAGAACGCAUUGAAUCGACCCACCCCAACGAACCCUGGACCCUCGAUCGUCAGAAGUUGGCCAUCAUCUUCAACGGUCCCGUCAAUAUUGUCAACAACAACUACACCACCAUUUAUGCUGGAGACAAUGCUGACAUCGACGUCACCUUUGACAUCGUGUAUGAAAUCUUUGACGACCGCGAACUGAAUGCGCUAUGUUACCGCGCACUUGAUGGAACCACCAGUCAUCUCGUGGAUUUGCUGUACUACCUAGCUAAGGAUCGUUUUGCACAUGGAUGUCUGAAGAACGAGUCUUGGUACGAGUUUGUGGAACCUAGGUGGCGAGAACGUCAUCAAGGUAUCUUUACCUACAUUCCAAAGAUAUUGAUCGACGACGCCUUGCAGGUGGUCAAGAACUACUACCAAGAUCGGACACCGGAUGGGGAUCUGACCAAACUACAACUGCCUAAGCUGAAUCAAGUCAUCAGGGCCAUUUUGAACAAGCAGAAGCACAUGAUUGAACAAGAUGCUGUACCGCGGUUUGCUGUUGAGGAUUUUGUGCAGAAUCUGGACAGCAAGAGAUCGGUCAUUAGUUUUACCGACUGUGUUUAUGAUUUUGAUCUUCACGCCCCCCGAGAGGGACGCCGAGAGGACUACGUUCACAUGUCUACGGGCUACGCUUUCCCCCACAACUCUGAUCCCGCCAUUCGUGCCCGAAUUCUACAAUUCUUUGAAGAGAUUCAACCCGAUCCCGUGGAGAGACGCUACUUGCUGACCUUCUUGAGUACAUUGAUUCAUGGCGAAAAUCGGGAGGAAACCUUUCACAUCUUUACCGGGACCACUCGCAACGGCAAAUCGUUGUUGUGUGACUUGCUCAAACACACCUUGGGUGAUUACUAUGUGACCAUCGCCGCCAAUAUGCUUACCAAGGAGAGACCCUCACCGUCUCAACCUCAACCCGAUGUGAUGUGUUUGAAAUCAAAGCGAGUCGCCGUGGGGUCGGAGCCGGAAAAUGGGCAGAAGAUCAACACAGGCUAUAUGAAAUACAUCACUGGUAAUGACAUGCUCAGUGCUCGUGGUUUGUAUGAGAACAAGUUGACCGAGUUUAAGCCACAAUUCAAACUGAUCCUGUUGUGCAACACCAUUCCUAUGAUGGAUUCGAACGAUCAAGGAGUGUGGUCGCGUUCACGCAUCGUCAAUUUCCCCACGACCUUCACCGACAAUCCCACGUUACCCCACGAGAAGAAAAUUGACAAGACCUUGAAGCACAAGAUUCACGAGUGGGGUCCGGAGUUUAUGCUCAUGCUUCUGGAACAGUUUCACCAGGUAUACGAAGUGGAAGGUCUCGAGCCCACCCCGUUCGUGCUGCAAAAGACGCGCGAGUUCAAGGAGGAUUCGGACGAUGUGCUACAGUUUCUAACUGCGCAUUUGAUCGCAUCCCCGAAACACGUUCACCUUGAUACGGUGUACCAGCACUUCUUGGCGUGGAUACGAAUACAUUCCCCCAGCACCACCGUUAUGUCCUGUCGUGAGUUCAACAAGUCGAUCAAACACUACAGCCAAUACACUGUCUGUCCAGUAAAUGUGGAUGGUCACACCAAAGUAGGGAUCAAGAAUUACGAACUGUCGUCGUAA